AUGCCUCCCUGGCUUCAAGAAGGCAGUGCCCUGGGCUUUUCGCCAUGGACAGACUCAGCGACGGCUCACAGCCUCGGGCCACGUCGAGUGAAGCAGUUCACCAUGGCUGCUCUUACUCCCCAUCAGACAUACGUUAUUCAUGUUGCGACUCUCACCGUCGCAUCGAUGAGUAUACUUGCAACAAUAAUAACUUCGUUCUGGUUCUUUCGAAUGAGGCGGAGUUUCCGCCAUGACCUCAUCAUGUUACUCAUUUAUAGUGAUAUGUUCAAGAGUUUCUGGUUACUCGUCUUCCCUGCCGUGGAACUUGUCGCUGGGAAAAUCGAAACGACUGAGACCUUCUGUCAAGUCAGCGGAUUCUUCCUUGCUCUCAGUAUAGAGGCCUCUGAUGUUUCUGUCGCUCUCAUCUCAGUACAUACUGCAUUGUACAUCUUUCGUGGAGAGCAAGGCCUCUACCCAUAUCGAAAGGCGGCUUACGCUCUUGCUGCUAUCGUACCUGUUGUGAUGGCUUCAUUGGCAUUUAUCGAAAGCCCCGGCUACAUUAACACUGGCCAGUUUUGCUAUCUACCGUUCAACCCGAUGUGGAAGAGACUGGCGCUCUCUUGGAUUCCUCGCUACAUGGCUUUUACUGUUAUUCUUUGCCUAUGUAUAGGCGUAUACGUCUACGUUCGAGUAUUGAUGAGACGAUUCGGCUCCGGGAAUGAGAGUUCGAAGAAUACCCUUUCCAAAGUGUCCGGUCUCGAAAGUCUCGAUCCCUUGCAACAAGGAAUCACCACUGUACCACCGACUCCUACGAUAAAAUAUCAUGGCCUAAUUCCUUCUUCCAACCCUUCGCGGCGCAAUUCUCUUACUUUACUCGAAGAUCGGACCGCAAGACCACCACUCGUGGCAUUCAACUCUUUCCAUUUGGACAUGUCUGGAUCUUCGCAUCCCAACAGACUUCAUUCGGCACGACUGGCGCGAAGAGGAUCGACUCAAAUGUGGAUGGCUAACUUUGGUACCGAUCUGGCAUCUCAGUCCGAACAGGCAGAAGUCGAAUCCCAGAAUUCAUCGGGAACAACUCGCUGUGGUUCAGAUGAUGUGAUUGCCCCUUUGGCCACCCAUACAAAGCCUGAGCCUGUCCAUCAAACACCUCUCCCAGAUAUUGCCUCACCGUCGUAUACUAUACAGACCGACUUCUUUCAUCGGUCUGAUGGCUCAAACACUCCCUCUAGGCCACCAUCCAUACCUAAUCUUUUUGCCAUACUCCGUCGCACACCAGACAGUCCACGCAGCAACGACACCAACCUUGUCUUGACUCAGAGCGGUUUCAACGCACCUGGUACUGUCAAGUCACGUGAGAAGAUCUUGCGACAACUCCGGUUACUGUUCAUAUAUCCAAUAGUCUACGUCGCCAUUUGGAUUCUGCCUUUCAUCGUACAACUUACAGGGUAUGGACGAGGAGCUCCCUAUGCCAUGAGACUGGCCAGUAUCAUAUUUUUGUGUUUCCAUGGUCUGGCUGAUGCCGUGGUCUUCUCUCUGAAAGAGAAGCCCUGGAGGCAUAGCCAGGCUUUCAAACGCAUCAACGUGCAAUUUUGGAAACGAAGACAGGAAAUACCCGAUGUGGGUGCAAGAGUCGGACGCACAAGAGAGGAAAUGACACUCGAUUCACGAUUCGCAAAAAAGAGACGACAACAAGAACAAGAUGAGUGGGAAAUGGAUCGUCAGGCUGGCCAAGAGGCCCGUAGAGCAGCAAGGGCAGUCCCUCAGUGGUGGGAUGCCGAUGAUUAA